GCUAGAGACGACCAUCCCUCCUUGCCUCACGACAAUUCGACAGUGUUGCCGCACAAGAGACCGAAACCGGAGGAGAUGUUUUAGACCUCCGAAAAUAUUUUACGGUGAUGCGUUAACGAUUUCAAGAGGAUAUAAGAGAGCUGGGAUCAAGCAAACCGGGAACGAGCAGGAAGCGAAAAUAAACGGCAGUUUCUGUCACGGUUGGAAGUUUUGACGGAUUUCAAAACAGUGGAUUCUGUGAAUGUGAUUGUAAACACUGUUCUGGGGUUGACACGAAUGUAGGCUUAAUUGCGUAGGACAGAAAGUUUCUGUAGGCUAAUAGCAAUUUUCCUUUUUCCAAUGGACUCGCAUUUGGAGACUGCUUGCACACAAAGUAUGGAAUUACCCCUGUAAUGUGGAUUGCAAUUUCAUUUGAAGAAAAUAAAGGUCUACUCCAGAACAAUGUGAAAAGAUACGCGUCCUGGAUUCUAAUGUUUCUGGAUAUCUUGAAAAUUAUUGGCAACAGUUGAAAUUAUGCUCAACCGAUUUUUGCUCAGGUGUCUUGCCUGCUCCGACCGUGGGACCAAAAUGGAUUUGACGCCACUACAGACCCCGGUCCCCCUUUUACAGAAGUUCUAACAGUUAUUACACUUUGCUAUUACUGUUUUAAACUUUACAAAUGCUUUGGAAGAAAUCGCCAGACGACCCGCUUGGAUUUUAAAUCUACAUUUGCAUUUGGAAUUUCAAUCAUGAACUUUGACAGUUUGAUAACAUUAUUUCUCCUGACACUUCUGUAUUUGUCAGCUGUCAAGAGUGCCCACAUACCUAAGGAAGGAGGGAGAAGUGCGCAUGACGGCGUGAUCUCCUUCAUGGAGGUGUACAAUAAGAGCCUGUGUCAGCCCAGGGAGCUGCUGGUAGAGAUCCUACAGGAGUACCCAGAGGAGGUAGAACACAUCUUCAUCCCAUCCUGUGUGGUGCUGACACGCUGUGCAGGCUGCUGCAACGACGAGAUGCUACAGUGUACGCCAACCUCCACGCAUAACGUCACCAUGGAGAUAAAAAGAAUAAAACCCCACAAGCAACAAAAUGAUAUCUUCAUGAGUUUUACAGAACACAAUGCAUGUGAAUGCAGGCCAAAGAAUGAAGUGAAAGAACAGAAAGAAAAAGAACCCUGGAAAGGCAAGGGCAAAGGCCAAAAAAGAAAGCGAAAGAAAAAGCGUGAAAAAAAGAAUCGCCACUCUCAGUGCGAGCCAUGUUGUGAUGGCUGUUUAGCGAGGAGAAAGCGGUUGUUCAUCCAGAACCCUCUGACCUGCCAGUGUUCCUGCAGAAACUCUGACGCCGACUGCAGGGCACGUCAGCUGGAGCUCAACGAGAGGACCUGCAGAUGUGACAAGCCCAGGAGAUGAGUCUAAGCUUAAGAUGAAACAACGUGAAGGGACAUUCACAAGAUAUUUCACAGCACUUUCAACUCUGAGCUUAUCUUCUUUGUGGAAAGCAUUCCCCUGGACUGACUGAGAAACAGCAGUGAGAAAAGAGAGGGGGAGAGAGAAAGAAAUAAUACAUUAAUAGAAAAAUAAUCCCAAUGUAUCUGCAUAUACUAAGAGAGAGAGAAAGAAAAAGUACAGAAUUUGUAUUGCUGCUAAAAGAGCUAACUAAAACCCAUCGUUUGGCGUUUGACUGGACUACGGUUUUGUUGUUGAUUCAUUUAUGCAAAUACUUCACUGGAUAUGUGUGAGUACUGUGGUUAUGUGUUAAAUCAUAAGGAACAAAACCUUGCUAUGUGGUACGUAUAUCCACAGAAGAGAAGAGGAAGGAAGAACAUUCUUCCUGACCCAUAGACUCCCUUUGCAGGAGCCCAAUUGCAAUGGCAGGACAGCCAAUGGGAGAUAGGGAUCCGUCCCUUUAUGACAGCACUUCCUUUUCCUUAAAGGAAGUUCUAGAACUGAUGCGUGGAACGUGUGGAAAGCUAGAACUGUGUAUUUUGCUGGCCUAGCUAGCAGUGGAACUGGAUUUGGAGUGCCAUAAUACCCAAAGGGAUACUGAUGAUUGAUUUUGGUAUACAUGGAAACCACUAGAAACAACUGAUACUGUAGCUUGAUUCCAUUGAGAAACUGCCUCACAAACUGUGCUAAUCACUUUAGAGUGAGAAAUCCUGAAUUAGCUUCUUAAAUUAUUUUUGUUUAUUUUUGGGGGAGGGGAGGGGGAUGUUAUGCUGUCUGGUUGAACUCAAUACAGAAUGCAAUAGUAUAGAUGGCAAACAGUCUGUAUAUACUAUACCUACUUAAUAUCCCUUAUGUCAUAGUCCACUAUAGAUAAUUUAUAAUGUUAGAGUAUUUUCAGUAUUCAGUCCUCUACCCAUAUUUAAUUUGAUCUAUUUAUAUAUCAAGUGUUAUGUUCCUUUGGGUUUCCCCCCUUCCUGCUAUGUGAUGCCAUUGUGGUCUCCAUUCUGCCUAGCUACAAGGAGAUACUGCUCUAGGCUUUUAUAAGAAAAAGAAAAACCUUUACGUUAACAUUCCUGAAAUGGAUCAUUUGUAUGGACGCCAUCUAUUCUGGAUUUAUCAACCCUUUUUAUAGAGGGUGGAGGUUCUGUGUGUGAUUUUUAACCUGCUCUAUGGUCUUGGCGUGUGCGUGUGUGUGUGUGUGUGUGUGUGUGUGUGUGUGUGUGUGUGUGUGUGUGUGUGUUAGAGAGGCAGAGGAGGCUUAUGCUUGUCUUGAGCUCCAUCACGCAGAUAACAAUAAACCAUUGCUAAAAGAAAGCUUGGCCUACCAAGUCAACUGUUUGUAUUACAGCUAGCAAUCUGCAAUAUCAAGAAUAUAUGAUAUCGUGAUAAUAGUACUUAUGGUUUCUUUUCCAAUAUUAACAUGUUUUUUUCUGUGACAGUGUAAAGUAGUAAAGCAUAUUUAUUUACAAAUUUUAUUUCUUAUUUUGUAUAUCAAAUUGAGGAAAAGGUUUCUGUGUUUUGAAGCAGUGGGUUUUGAAGAGGUUGUAUGAGUUAUUGUUUGUGUUGUGUUUGAAACAGCUUCUCCAACAUACGACAGCCAUCUUUGAUAUCUGUUAUGACUACGAAACUCGAAAAGGUAUGCACUCACACAGCUCAUAAGAGCAUGUGCUGUGGAAUAUAAAACAUGAUUCAAAAGAAGAAAUUCCUGAACACCUUUGACAAAGAUCUGUAGACCAAAAUAGUGUAUGAAUAAAAAGAUUUUGCAAGGCA